GUCUGGGGGCUCUGCUGGAGACAGCGCGGGCCAGGGGCUACACCCGCCACGGGGAGAUGUUCUCAGCCGCCCACGUGGCCGCGCUGGCGCAGGAGCUGCUGCCCUGCAGGGCUGAGCUGCUCCAGGGGGGGCUGGGGGGGCCCAACCGGGCCCGGCUCCUGCGGCACCUCCUGCGCGGGCGGCCCCUGCUCGUGCCCUAUGACGGGGACAGCAACCACGCCCCGUGCAGCCGCCGCGGCCACCGAGCCCACUGGGCCCUGCUCAUCGGCCUCCUCGUGGCCGUGCCCCCCCAGGAGCCGCUGGGACCCCGAUUCCAGAGGGACCCCGAGAUCCCCAACGUCUUCCACGCCCGGGAAUUUGGGGCUGGGGGCUUCCAAAAUGGGGCUGGGGGCUUCCAAAUUCGGUUUUUGGAGUCCUUAUUAGAGGAGGGGUCUGCAUUUGGGGAGGGGGCUCAGUGCCAGGAGGGGCUGCGGGGUUUGGGGCAGGGGUCGUGUUUUGGGUCUGGGGGCUCCCAAUUUGGGUCUGGGGGCUCCCAAUUUGAGUCUGGGGGCUCCCAAUUGGAGGAAAGGCUGCGGGAUUUGAGUCUGGGGUCCCAAUUUGAGUCUGGGGUCCCAAACAGGAAGAGUAACCCCAAAUUGGGUCUGGGGUCUCCAAUUGGGGCAGGUGAGCCUGAAUUGGGUCUGGGGUCCCCAAUUGAGUCUGGUGAUCCCAAAUUGGGUCUGGGGUCCCCCUUAGGCCCGGGUGACCCCGAAUUGGGUCUGGGGUCCCCCUUAGGCCCGAAUGAGCCCGAAUUGGGUCUGGGGUCCCCAAUUGAGUCUGAGGUCCCAAAGGGGCCUGAAUUGGGUCUGGGGUCCCCAAUUGAGUCUGGUGAACCCGAAUUGGGUCUGGGGUCUCCAGUUGAGUCUGGGGUCCCAAAAGGGCCUGAAUUGGGUCUGGGGUCCCCCUCGGGCCCGGGUGAUCCCGAAUUGGGUCUGGGGUCUCCAGUUGAGUCUGGUGAUCCCGAAUUGGGUCUGGGGUCCCCAUGCAGGCCGGGUGAUCCCGAAUUGGGUCUGGGGUCCCCCUCGGGCCCGCGUGAUCCCGAAUUGGGUCUGGGGGCGGCGCUGGUGCUGGCGCU